AUUCGGGCAGGGGCUGUGAAUCGGGCACACGUGGUUCAGAUUUGGCAGUGUCGUAAAUAAUAUGUAAGGAUAUUGGCAGUCGACAAGGGCUGUGCUGCACACGUGUCGCAUUUUGGAAGAAAAAAAACCCAUUGCGGAUAACCAUAUCUCACCGUUUUCUCAAAGCUGUAUUCCUAUUCAAUUCUUCAUCGGAUAGCUGCAAAAGGAUCGCACUUCUUCAAAACUCAGAGACGACAUAUAUUCAAUCAAAAAGGUUGCUUGGUAAAAAUGUCUUGUGUUAAAAUUGGCACACACAACGGAACUUUUCACUGUGAUGAAGUUUUGGCAUGCUAUCUUCUACAUCAGCUCCCGGAGUACAAGGAUGCCGAAAUAAUUCGGACUCGUGACCCUGUAGAGCUGGCGAAGUGUGAUAUUGUGGUCGAUGUAGGUGGAGUCUAUGAUCCAAAACAACACCGGUACGACCAUCAUCAAAGGUCCUUUGAGGAGACUUUCAACAGCUUAUGCCCAGAGAAGCCAUGGGUAACCAGACUGAGCUCAGCAGGUUUGGUUUAUCUUCACUUUGGUCGUCGAAUACUUUCUCAUCUUACACACUUGGAGCAGGGCAACAGGCAGCUGGAGAUCCUAUAUGAUAAGAUGUAUGAGAACUUUGUGGAGGAAGUAGAUGCUGUGGAUAAUGGGAUUUCUCAGUAUGAUGGAGAGGCACGUUAUACUGUUGGCACCACUCUUAGUGCUCGUGUCAGUCAUCUUAACCCAUGGUGGAACAGUGACUGCCAGGACACACAGGAGGGUUUUAACAAAGCCAUUACCCUGGUGGGAGCGGAAUUCUUAGACCGGUUGCACUACUAUCAGAAUGCAUGGCUUCCAGCACGAGUGGUAGUGGAGGCUGCUAUUCAUAUGCGGCAUCAGGUGGAUGCCAGUGGAGAGAUAGUUUUGUUGGCUCAAGGUGGGUGCCCCUGGAAAGAACAUCUCUUCUCCCUAGAAAGAGAAUUUAAACUGGAUAUUGCAAUCAAGUUUGUGCUGUAUCCAGACCAAAAUGGGCAGUGGAGAGUGCAGUGUGUGCCCACAGGACUCAACACAUUCCAAAACAGGCUGUCGCUGCUGGAGGAAUGGCGUGGGUUGAGGGACGAUGCCUUGACCCAAUUCAGUGGAAUCCCUGAUUGUGUCUUUGUUCAUGCCAGUGGCUUCAUUGGGGGAAACAAAACCAAAGAGGGAGUUCUUGAGAUGGCUCGAAGAACAUUGCAGGCAUCUUGCAGACCAGGGAACAAUGCAAAUGGUUGCUAAGGCACCCUUGCUUUAUUGCUUAAUCUCAGUUUAACCAUCUUUUCUUUUGUAAUAAUGAAGUGUAGUCUCAAUUUCUUGAUUAUGUUUGAAGAAAUAAAAUCUCAAGACUUGA